UUGUGCAGUCGUCAAACAGACAGCGAAGUGGUUGUGUCGUCGCCGAGUCACCGUUGCUGGCUUCCCGCAAAAACCCGUGCAUUUCCAAUUGGACAACAAACGUGUUUACAUCGCACCUGGCGCAGCGCGAGUGAGUCCGCGCCCGCCGUCCCCCCGUCCCGUGCAGUGCAUGCUUGGCGUUCGCAGUGUCUGAGUGCGCGUCCGCCGCCAAUUAUCAUUUUGCCCGAUAAAAACACGGCGCCGACACAGCUUGCGGACAAUUGACAGUCAUCCAAUCGGAAGACACGCACACCUCCGUGCAGCGUUCGAGAAAAAACGGCACCUCGCCGUGUACGUAUACGCGAAGUGUCAGUGACACAUAGUGCCCGACAGUGUAGUGGUGGGAAAGUACCAAAUCCCAUUUAUCAGUUCACAGUAGUGCGACCCAUUUGACAAGCUCGUUGUGCUCCCCAGGGUUCAAAAUAAGGGCCAAAGGGCGCCAAGUGAAUUCAAAAAUUGCGCGCGCCCAAGUCGCCACUCGUCCCUGUUGCAAAGUGCCCCAAACAAAGGAAAAUUUCUUAUGCGCGUAGAAAUGCGGAGCGAGUCGCGGUGAUGAUGUGGGGCUUCGCAUCCGAAAAAAUGCGUUGCCCGUGAGUGUGAAUAUAUAAAUAAAUAAGAAGCGAAUCGAGCGAGCUGUUUGCUCUUGGUCAUACGUAACCCCUAAACGAGAUCUCGACCAGCCGUUUCAAGUUCAAGGCCGCGCGGCUGGCAAUCUUUUUUACUCUUGGGAAAUAGACGCAGACGUUAAUCAUCCGAGUGCGGACAACCAAACAAAAACAAAGGAACCGAAAGAAAGAACGUAGAAAAGUGUGGGCGACCAUCGCAUUGCCUUUGUCCAUUUCUCCCCCGAUAAGAAUAAACAACGAAAAACAGACAGUAAAUAAGUUCCCUCCCCCCUCAGCGACUAGACCGAAGGAGAAAUGAUUUCCUUCAAGAAAUCCUACGCAGAGCAACUGCUCCAGCUGGCGCUAGCGCUCAGCCUGUUGCAAGUCGACCCAGACAGUUACCUGGGUCACGGCUGGGACAACCAUCUGGAACUCCGCAAUGGAGACGGGUGGCAGCUGGAGAUGCUGCGCGCCGUCCCGAUCUCCGAAUAUCCUUACGCAAACCGAAAAGCUGUGAUUCCACUGAUUGAGGACCUGGUCCGAUUCGAUAGACAUUCGCAAAGCCUAAAUGACAUCACGGCGUAUCUCCUCAAUGUGCAGAACUCGCAGAACAAUCAGACGAGCUCCAACCAAGAGGCCGAACCUGGAGGUGGACCGGGAGCGGUUGCAGUUGAACUUCCACCGAUAACGACAGCCCCUUCGCCGCCGAACAACACAGUCGAAUUGGAUCUCUUCCUCAAUGCCGAUCACUUUGCUGACCAGGCUUCGAUGAUGGACCAGAAUCUCGCCGACUUGAGGGAAUAUGGCGAUAUUCCACUUUCAAGUUUUCCGUACUAUGGACUGCCGUUGAAAGAUGAACCUCCGGACAUGUUGCCCGUGGGUUUCCAGGUGAAACAGGAGCAACCCAGUACAAGCUCAGGUAGCACGGCUGGCGGAAUUGACGACUUCUUCAAUCCGGAACUUUUCUCUCUACGAACGAACGAUUCUGAGGAUUUUCGAAGGGAGGAUGCCCUCGCAAUUAAGAAGGAGGCGGAGGAGGAUGAAUCUGUCCCUGAGGAUUUUGCUGCAGAAGUAACUGUUAAAAAGGAGGAACCUGAUGAUAACUCAGAUGGGAAUUCUACGGCCGAUGUUUUUUACAGUUCGGUGGAGUUAACUGAAGAGGAAAGUGAAAUAGUUGAGGUUCUCUGGAAGCAAGAUGUUGAUCUUGGCUUCUCGCUUGCUCCCCCGAAACCGGAUAAAUCGGCACCUCAGCCAGGUUCAUCGAAAAACUCGGAAGAUGAAGCUGAGAAACUGAAAGCUCUACAGGAUCUUAAAGAUGAGAAUAAUGAGUCAAAGCUUAAUGAUGAAGGAAAAGAUGACUUGGACGAUGAAUGGGCUGGAAUACCUUUCACCAUUGAUAAUGAGACAGGUGAAUACAUUCGGCUGCCAUUGCAACUUGACGAACUACUUCAGGACGUCUUACAAUUGGCCGACUUGAAUCCGGAUGAACAAGAGAACCACCAAGAACCAAAACCGAACCCCGACGUAAAACUUAUUACCGAAGAGAAACCGUCGACUAGCGGUUCGGGAGCGUCUUCAUCAUCAUCCAAUGUUGUGUCUACAUCGUCACUAUCUGAUGAAGCAACAAUUGUAGAGCCUCCACAAUCGGAGGUGGAAGUUGCAUCAGCUCAGUCGGAACUUUUCAAUUUGGACAAUGCCGACGCAUUAGACGAACUCGAUAUGAUGAUACAAUCGGCUGGAUCUUUCCAGCAUCAUCGACCUGGACAAAAUUAUGGUACGAAUAGCGUUUUCCGCCAAUCGGGAUUCCAUCAUCAUCAUCAUCAGUCAAGAGUGCCUCUAACUCGAGGGGUAUCAAUGGAGCAACGUCUCCAAGAUAUUGCAAACUUAUUCAAUCCGCUUCCCGCUAUGGGUGUAGGCAUGGGCGUUAGCGAAAUGUCACCAUAUUCACAUUACCCCACGCAUUAUCCUUAUCAGGGUGGUCCAGCAAUACCCCAACAUGGACAAUUUCCCCAUCCAUCCCAUCACCCUGUACUCCACAAUGCCUCGUUAGCGGAUCUGGGUGCAACACAACCGCACUAUGGUCACAAUUUAGGAUCUGCUGUUUCGUCUAGUAUGCAUUUAACAAAUUCAAGUCAUGAAACUGAUAGUGGAGCAUCUGGUUACAAGAUGGAGCACGAUAUGAUGUACUAUUCGAAUACAUCAUCGGAGCUGAAUCAUACCACUGAUGGAUUUAUUAACUCAAUUUUAAAUGAUGAAGAUUUGCAAUUGAUGGAUAUGGGUGUUAGUGAAGGGUUUUGUACGAUGCGCAUGCUUGAGGGUAACACAACAAGCAACAAUUCCUCGGUCCUUGGCUCAAGUGGAGCCAGUCAUGGUAGUCAUAUGCUCUCGAUGCCAACUAAUUUGGGAAAUCUGAGUAACGAGGUGAUCGGAGCAAGUACUGGCGAUCGUCUAGAUGCAUCCAGCGACAGUGCAGUCAGUUCGAUGGGAUCGGAACGAGUCCCCUCACUUUCUGAUGGUGAAUGGGGUGAUGCCGGCAGUGAUUCAGCACAAGACUAUCACCAAGGAAAAUAUGGAGGUCCAUACGAUUACAGCUACAAUGGACGUUUGGGUGGCGAUUCCUCCCGGCAACAACCGGUGGCGCAGAAAAAACACCAAAUGUUCGGAAAACGCUACUUCCAGGAGCAGCCCAACAUUCCAUCACUUCCACAACCGUCGAGCACAACCCAACCUCCCAGCGAUCAUUUGCCCCCGGUCCCGGUUAAAUAUGAGUACGAUGCCUAUGGUAUGCAUCCAUCGGGAGCGGCUUCGAUAGCAUCUAGCUUGGAGGGUGCCGUUGGACCAAUAGUCAAUAAGGAUCAUGUUCCUCUAAUGACCAAUGCCGAGAUGAAGUACGCAUGCUCGCUAGACUUCUCACGUCCACCGCGUGGCAGCGGUCCAGCCCAUGAUCUGAUUAGUCACAAUCACACUUACACUCUACCUCAGGGAAGUGGUUCCGUUCCACGCCCACAAAUUCGUGACAAAAAACAAAAACGUUCCGAGGAUGAGCACAUGACACGCGAUGAGAAGCGUGCCCGUGCCCUCAACAUCCCCAUUUCCGUUAAUGAUAUCAUCAACUUGCCUAUGGAUGAAUUCAACGAGCGUUUAUCCAAAUAUGAUUUGAACGAGACGCAAUUAUCAUUGAUUCGUGAUAUCAGGCGACGCGGUAAGAACAAGGUCGCCGCACAGAAUUGCCGAAAACGCAAGUUGGAUCAGAUACUGUCGUUGGAAGAUGAAGUGAAGGAGGUGCGACGACGCAAGGAGCGUCUAUUUCAGGAGAGAGACAUUAUCUUGGCCGAGAGAAAACGUAUUGCAAGCAAAUUUGCAACACUUCAUCGGCAUGUAUUUCAGUACCUAAGAGAUUCCGAUGGUAAUCCAUGCUCACCAUCACAAUACAGCUUACAACAAGCCGCUGACGGUUCUGUGUACCUAUUGCGACGUGAGAACAACAAACCAGAAAACAACACAACUACAAAUCAUUCAGGACACCAUCAUCAUUCGUCAUCGCAAGGACCACAGCCACCAUCAUCAUCUUCACAGCACCAAAAGGAUUGAGACACGCUUCAUUUCUUCAACAUUUGGUAGUUUUUGUUGAUCAAGCAAAGAAACAAACAUGGAGACAAAAUCAUUGAAAAUUACGAUACCAACUUAAAAAUUUUCCCCACAAAACCUACCAAAUGACUAACCCAUUCGUUGAUAUAAAAUUUGAGGUUGUUACUCCGGGCGGCCGCCAGAAGAAAGAGGAAAUCUCAUUGUUACAUUUGGCAACUGCCCAUGAUAAGAGUAUCUGUUGUUAUUAAUGAGAUAAAGCUUUCCUUUUGUAUUUUGUAAAGCGACCAUACAUGCGGGGAUAAACCAUAUUCUAAGCAGAUUCAGGACUAACACUUGCCUCUUUGCACAGAUUUCAUCAAGUAAGAGCCUUUUACGAUCCUUUGAAGCCUCGAAGCUGGACGAAUGAGGUCUCAUUGGAGAGGUAUCAGGUUCUAUAACUUAUUUUCGUGCACAAAAUAAAUAAAACAUUCUAAUUGACUCAGAACAUUUAUGUAGAAGGAACAAUCGGUAAAUUGGAUGGAAAGAGGACUAACCAUACUUGUGACAACAUAUUGUGAUUUAAGAAACCGACAUGCUGCGAAAUAAUGCUGUAGUUAUAGCGGAAUGCAAAGUGAAUAUAUUUUUUAAUAUUUUGGGGGCGCUCGCAAUUUUCCUGGGGUCACAAGAUACAUUUUACGUCUUCGCCUUUUCACUAACUAAAAAUGGAACAACUGAUUUUUUCGAAAUUUUGCCUGCUUUUUUAUCACUGCAAAGUUGAUCGUGCCCCAAAAGUACUUAAACUUGUCUUUUCUCACAGCUUGAGAGCUUAGACACUUCCUAUUUUUUCAAUUUCUUUUUUUAAUGUAUCCGAGUACAUAGUGGAAACCUCCUGAACCUAAACGAUGAAAAUCAGAAGAUAGUGAAUUGCAUUUCGUACGUAGUUCUCCAUCCAAACACAGUUUGUAGGCGAAGGGACUCUCUUAUUCCCACACAUGAUCCUUCUGUUGGCGCAAUCAAUUGUAAUAGAUCUGCAUGCGGUGUUUUCGGUUCUAAGUUCAACUUACAAUAUUUACUUUUAACGGGAAUGUAGCGAUACUUUUAACCAUCUAAACUAGAGUUAGCAACAAUAAAACACUAAGCAACCACACAACCAUAUGUAAAACAUAUAAAACACGCUGUUUGCAUAACACACACACAAAGAAACGUGGAUAAUAUGUGAGCGAGUACUUUUCAAGCCUAGUUUUAAGGUGUAAUUACAUUUGUAAGCUUGUAAAUACAUAACUGAAUAGGUCGUCGUUCUUUUGUAAGAUUAUUAUGCCUAGAAUUACUACUAUAAGUGACUGUCUGACACUCUCCUGCUCUUUAUUAAUUCUUUUUUGUUUCAAAAUGAAAUGUUAUAUCAUUUAUUAUGUGAGUAAUAUUCUACAAUGAGUAGCGUUAACAACUUGGUGAAUAUAUAUAUAUGAAAACAAAGUAAACUAGAGUUAAAGAAAAAGAAGAAAAACAAAGAAAAACAUUUAGAGAAUUAAAUAGUUUUCAAUUGCGCUAGGUUCAGAUACAAAUGAUACAAAUGUACAGUUGCAAUUGUAUUGUAAUGGAUGCUCUGAAGUGGGGAACCGAGUAGUGAAUUGGAAUUAUAUCGAGACUAGGCCGUAGGUAAAAGGGUAUCAUUGAACUCUAAACUGUAAUAUUUUCAUUUUUUCUUCGUAACCAAUAGAAAUAAUUUUAAAAUGAUAUUAAUAUUUAAAGCGAAAAGAAAAAUGAUCAAAAAUACACGUGUACUGUAUAAGUUUCAA